AUGUCGUCUAGUCACUCUCGAAGGUCACUGGGUAUAUCUCAGUAUAGUGAACAAAGAGAGUUCGAUAGUUUAUUUAGAGAUUUCAAUGAAAUGUUGCAAUUUGCUGUACGAGAGAUUACUUUUACAACAGAAGCAGCAACUGAUCUUGAAGAGGCUGAAGAACAAGAAAAGCUCAAUCAACUAGAUGUUAUUAUGAGGGAUUAUAAUGAUCUAGAGAAUCGAAUUAAUUUUCAAAGAACUGCACUUAACACUCUUAAAAUUAAGGUUGAUGCGGUACAUAAAUUUGCAAGUAUAUUUUAG